AUGGCGCUGUGGGCCAAAGCAGAAGUGUGGACGGCAGGGCCCCGGCUGGCCCUGCGCUGGGCGCGUACCCUGGCCACCAGAGCAGCUGCGGCCCGCAAGGCGGUGCUGCCCUUCGAGGCCAUACCCAGGUGUCCAGGCAAUAGGUGGCUGAGGCUGCUGCACAUCUGGAAGGAGCAGGGCUUUGAGGACCUACACCUCCAGAUGCAGCAGAUCUUCCAGGAGCUGGGGCCCAUUUUCAGGUACGACGUGGGAGGGAAACACAUAGUCCUCGUGAUGCUGCCCGAGGACGUGGAGAGGCUGAAGCAGGCGGACAGCUAUCUACCCCAUCGGACGGUCCUGGACCCCUGGCUGGCCCACCGACAGCAUCAUGGGCAUAAAUGUGGCGUGUUCUUGCUAAAUGGGCCCGAAUGGCGCUCGGACCGACUGCGGCUGAACCCAGACGUGCUGUCGCUGCAGGCCGUCCAGAAGUACCUCCCCAUGGUGGACAGCGUGGCGAGGGACUUCUCCAAGAUCCUGCUGUCCAAGGUGCUGCAGAACGCGCGAGGGAGCCUCACCCUGGAUAUCCAGCCCAGCAUCUUCUACUACACCAUAGAAGCCAGCAACCUGGCCCUUUUUGGGGAACGGCUGGGCCUCCUGGGCCACAGCCCGAGUCCAGCCAGCCUGAACUUCAUCCAUGCUCUGGAGGUCAUGUUGAAGACGACCGUGCAGCUCAUGUUCAUGCCCAGGAGCCUGUCCCGCUGGACAAGCCCCAAGGCGUGGAAAGCGCAUUUUGAGGCCUGGGACUACAUCUUCCAGUAUGCCAACAAUUCCAUUCAGAAAAUCUACCAGGAACUGGCCCUCGGCCGCCCACGGAACUACAGCGGCAUCGUGGCCGAGCUGCUCCUGCAUGCAGACAUGUCCCUGGAUUCCAUCAGGGCCAGCUCCAUCGACCUCACUGCUGGGAGCGUGGACACGACGGCCUACCCCUUGUUGAUGACCCUCUUUGAGCUGGCUCGGAACCCUAACGUGCAGCAGGCCCUACGUCAGGAGAGCCUGCUGGCUGAGGCCAAGAUCUCUGAAAACCCCCAGAGGGCAAGCACAGAACUGCCACUCUUGCGGGCUGCCCUCAAGGAGACCCUGAGGCUGUACCCUGUGGGUAUCUUUGUGGAGCGGCAGGUGAGCUCGGACGUGGUCAUGCAGAACUACCAUAUCCCGGCUGGGACACUGAUCCAAGUGCAACUGUACUGCCUGGGUCGAAACCCCACCGUGUUCGCUAGGCCGGAGCGCUAUCAUCCCCAGCGCUGGUUGGACAACAGGGGCUCGGGCACCAGGAUCCCCUCCCUGGCCUUUGGCUUUGGCCCGCGACAGUGCCUGGGGCGGCGCCUGGCAGAGACCGAGAUGCUGCUUCUGCUGCACCACGUGCUGAAAAACUUCCAGGUGGAGACGCUAACGCAAGAGGAUAUAAAGAUGGUCUACCGGUUCAUACUGAUGCCCUCCACCCUCCCACUCCUUACUUUCCGGGCCAUCAGUUAGUCACAUCACCAGAGCUGCACUGCUGCGCCAGCCACACCACCAUCUCCCAACCCCUUCUGCCUGACCCCAGGUCACCCGUUUUCUCCAAUGGGUCCUGCUUCCUGAGCCACGUCACUGUCCAGCCAGCAACUUGCACAGAUGGAACAGCCCAGGCGCUCGGAGGCCAGGCCUUGCCAGGCUAUGCAGCAAAACUAGGGCAGAGCUGGGGACGAUGUGGGUCCUGGUUAUGUGCCCAGUCCCUUUUCAAGCAAGGAACACAAUCUGAGGGCCUGUGACCCCCUUGUCACCCCAGCACUAGCUCCAUGGAGGCCCAUCAUACCUCCAUCUAAGGGGCUUCUGACCCUGUCCCUUGCCACUCUGGACAGUCUUAUAUGCUCUCUGUACUCAACUCUUCCCCCACGCAAGAGAUGACACUUUAGGCCCC